AUGGCUCAUAUAGCUACCUGCAUGCUUGACAGCGAUGGAGAAGUCAGUAGCCUCAGAAGUUAUAUAGCAAGUGCCUUCUCAGCUCAAGCUUCCACCGAAUCGCUAUCGUCUACAAGCUCGUCCGAGGAGAAAAAGCCAUUUGUUUGGAGGAUGCAGAACCCGGAGAGCCGGAAGUAUCAGCUGUUCCCAAGAGAAAAACAGCUUCCAUCAGCCACGAGUGGAAAGCAGUUGGAUCCGGAGCAGGCCUUCGCGAUGGCUAUGGGACAGACGGAGAAAGGCUCCGUAGGCAACGGCCUCCGGAUGCGUAUCAAGGAGCACAACAUGACUCGGAGGAGGAAAGUCAGCGUGCCUGAGUUAGGCCCAAUGACGACAGUACAAGAGGUUGCGAUGGAUUCACCAACGAUUCCGGGCCGGCCUGCGUUGCAUGAACGUUCCAUUAGCUCUCCUAUCAACUCUUGGCGCCAGCGUCGCGUCUUUGACUCUACUACGACCUCCCUGAAAGAGUGUCCGGAGGAGAGCCUAGAGAAUUCUAAUGAUGUACAGAAGUCUACCCCGACUUUAAAGCAACCACGCUCUCCAAGGGAUCUGGCGCCCUUAACGAUACCAACGCAGUACGGUCCAAUUCCGCGGCUAGCCCGGCAGCUAUCGUUAAGCCGACUUAGAUCUAGGGAUACGCAACAGGAAUCGACAAUUCGAUCGGCAAGGGCUGAAUCACCGAAGACACGUACUCUAUUGACACCCGCCUCGAGCUUGGCCUCAGCGACGACCCCUAUGUCGACGACUACUGCUGUGACUAACUCGACGCUUCCAACACCGUUAUCAGCGCCUGCGGAAUGCCGAAGUUCUCCAAAGCCAUGGGAUAGGCUGGGUUCAACCACACCUAUCACCACUACGCAGCAGACUGUUGAUCCCUCGGCGACACCAAAAGUAGAACCCGAAACACAACCACGAGCUAACCCAAGCCCAUCUCAUAGACGUGGUCGAUCCGAUUCUGGGAGCAUCAUGGAUCGCGGACGCCCACGAAAGCGAAGUGAUGGUACACCAAUUGGCGGUGGUGGUGGCUUGAAGCGAAGCAAUUCUAAGAGGAGUGUCAGCGCUGAACGUCGAGCCUUUGAGAACUUACCUCAGGGGUGGAAGCCAAGCGACGCCGUAAAGAACAUGGACUCAGCUGAAGCUGCUUUCUUACAGAAGCAGGCCUUGGGUCAGACUCUAAGAUUUGAGGUACUCAAAAAGGACGAUGUCGAAAACCUGUCCAAGGAACUGCGCCACCUUGAUGAGCGAACAGAGUAUCUUCGCCGCACGUACACAUCCCUUCGUGCCGGGCGCCGAAACCUUCACAGUCGCAUUUGCCAGUACUUACGGUCACCUCGUGUUGCUAAAUUUAGCUACGAGUCGAUGUUAAAGCAAGAAGAAAGUCUUGCCGAGCUCGAUGCUUCAAUUGAUGAUUGGGUGACGAAACUGGAACAGGCCGAAAAUCGACGGACCCGUGUUAGGCAAAAGCUCCUGGAGCAUGUCGCCGCCGCCUCCACACUUUCUCUGGUUAACGACAUUGACGGUACAAGCGAUAUCCUUCAACAAAUCAUGGGUGUUCGUCUACCUGAUGGAACUUCGGAUAUUUCGACCCCACCUCGUAGCCCAAAGACUACUUCUUCUACUCAGUCCCAGUCCCCAUCGCCGUCGCCUCAGCGCGUCGUUGCCCGAGUGCCUUCAAUGAUUCCUGAGCUACCAUACGAAGAGACCGAGGAUGAUCUAGCGGAAGACAACCGAGAGAACUCAGCGGAAUCCACUCGGCAGAGGAUGGAGAGCAUCCGCAUAUACGCUGACAGCGAUGUUUACGCUCUCCUGGCAGAUGUGGAGAAUGAGUUCACCAAAUUGAAUGGUGGUGCCGCAGGCCCCGAACUUACCGGAUCACCAAAAUCAGAAGAGCAGCGCAGGAUCCUACAUCGUGCCCAUAGCCACGAUAUCAUCAGCAACCAGAGCCAGAACCACAACCUGUAUCCGAAAUUUCGCAACAAGACACCGCCUGUCUCGCCCCCUGCACCUGCGCCGCCGAUGAAGAACUCUCCACGAGCCGAAGUUUUUCUAUCGUCCGCCGUUUUCCAGCCGACUCGAAAUCAUUCACCUAACUAA